UGAGUUGCUGCUUAUUUUAACAGCUCCUGGGGUGACUUUAGUUGUGUAGCCAGCUGAAGCACCAUUGCUCUAUGACGUAGGAGAAGCUGUCUGAGUCACCUGUUAUUGUUGACAUCACAAGCAGUUCAUUUUGCUUCCAGAUCCUUGGAGCCCAGUCUUUAGAAAAAAAUGAAUGCUUGGCACUGUUCUUUUAUCUCAUUUCCACCUCUUAAACCACCCUCAUUAGGAUUCACUAUUUUAUUUAGGAAAGCAGUUUCCCCCUGCUUUCUUGACAUAAUUUGCGGCAGUAUAUUGCUCAGAGCAAAGGCCAGAACGUUCUAUACCUUAUGCAUUUGCUAGUUAAAAUCUGGGGCUUGGGGGUAGAAUUUGUGGAAUUUUGCAUUCUGUUGCUUGGCAACUUUAAGAGAGUUAAGCCUAUACGUUCUGUGAGCAUCAGAGUUACAAAGUUUGGUGAGCCCAGUCAAUUAUUUCUUGAUACUAAAAAGAAAUUAGUUCUCCAUUAUGUAGAGGGCUUGAAAAGUUGUCAUUCAGAGCAGGGCAUCCGUAGCGAUGUCACACUUCUUCUACUUGACUCCACAAAUUAUUCUGCCCUUCAGCCCUCUCACCUCUCAAGAGUUCGAUCUGAUCAGACGCAAGGCUGGCAUAUCUUGGCAGAAUGAAGCAAGGUGGUCACAUUCCUCUGUGACGACAUACGCAGGCAGUUACCGGAAAAAACAACUGGAUGAGUCCACAUGCAGCCGAUUUUCUCUUAAAGCAGGACAGCAUUGGCCUGAGUGUAACCAGGUGUCAUCACCUAAUGGCUCUGCCUUCAGUCCCACACUCUGCAGGGCUGGUUCCCCAGAGUCUACAGAUGCUAAGGGACUAUUACCUCAUAUGACCAGUUCUUUCAAAAAUUCACAUGAUGUCAAGCACAGUGUGGCACAUCAAAGUCCUCUUGCACGUAGGAACGUUACACAGCACGUCAGCAUGACGCUGGAGGCCAUUUCAAAAAGUGAUACCACUCACAAAAUGCAUAAAAAUGCAGAAAAAGUUAACGGAGAUGGAAGAAAAUGCAGGAACAAUCCCGACUCCUGCUCAACAAUGAGGUCUUGGCAACUUCACUCCCAGUUCCGUGCAGAAAGUAACCUCAGUGGAAGGGCAAGGGCUAACAACCAGGCCAUUUUUCUCCAGCUUCAGGAACCGUGUAAUUCGGCCAGCAAGGUUGGCUCGUCUGAAGACUCAGAAAGUGAUCAGUACUCCGUUUAUAGCCUGGGAGGACCGUUCUCGUCACUGAGCUGAGUCGGAAAACCCAGUCCCAGAGCUAGAGGCCUGCAGCUUCGUUUAAAGACUUUGAGGUAAGAGUGGGCCCGGUAAGAUCUAGACCUUAACCGACUGGCUUUUUCAGACACUUCCCUGGGCUUCAAACACCCUCCAUCCCUCGAUUUUUUUUCCCUCUUAAAUUAGAAGCGGGAACAAAAGUUAUCGGUAUAAUCAUUACAUAAAAUCAUUUUUUUAAGAGUAAAUACCUGGAGCCACCCUUCUCUGCAAGAACCACAGAAAUGGUGCUGUGGCCCCCACAGCUGCAGGCUCCAGCAUCAACGGGCCGGUCCCCUCUAUCUGGAGCCCCGGGCGGGGAGGGCCGCAGGGGCGUGAGAAAGGCUUUUUUGUAUUCAGAGCAAUAGCCCAGAAGAGCCGCAGCCUUCCACGGCCAGGCUUUCCUCCGCAGCGGGCGCCGCGGGAAAGCAAACGCGCCCGGGCCGUGGGACACGCGGCGGUGAUUCCGGGGACGCCGGCUGGGAGCUUGGGGCGGGGAAUGCCGCGGCUUUUCC